AAAGCAUACAUGUUCCGCGAAUUCUAUGUAGGCGUAAUCGUGGAGAUUCGAGAUGCCUCAACAAACACAAGGCAACGCUAACAAUGACACGAGUUGGAUGGUUGCUAUUGAAACGAUGCUGGAUGCUAUAGGUCACCCAGAAGUUCAAUCAAGUAGCAUCUCCAAGGUCCCAGACAAAAUUCGCAAGCCAAAUGCGGAUGCAUACAUGCCACGUGUUGUCUCCAUCGGACCCUUACAUAGAGGAACUAAAAAUGAUCUCUUAAUGAUGGAACCACAUAAGUGGAGUUACACGGUGAAUCUUCUUAAUCAAACCCAAAUACCAGAAAACACCGUGGUAUCAGCUGGGCCUUCGACGCUGGAAAAUUGUGGCACAGACCUCUUGCAGUUGGACAAUAUAGUUCGUGCAAGCUAUGGGGGAAACAUCCACUCUGAGCCCCACGAGCUAGCGAAAGUUAUGCUAGAUGGUUGUUUCUUGUUAGAAUUUCUUCAGAGGCAUGUGGAAACCUUGAGCAAGGGUAAUAAUCCUAAUCAUGGUGGUGACCCCGUUUUCCAAAGCCAAGACAUGCUCCGGGAUAUUUUGGGUGAUAUGUUACUGCUUGAAAACCAGGUACCCUUCAUUAUUCUGAAGAAGUUGCACAGGAGAAUUUUCCCUUCUGUUGUACCCCGUGAACAAGACCACAGAGUUGCUAAUCUUGCACUGGCUGCACUCAGCUGCCCUUUAGUUGUCUCUCCCUCUGGUGUAGCUCACCUCCUUGAUCUGGUUCACUAUUCAAUCACGAACGAAAAUGGUAGCCAUAAGACGAAGCAAGCUGAACUAGAGCUAAAUCGCAGUGCCAUGAGGCUUCAAGCUGAGGGAAUAACAAUAAGACCCGCAAAUAGUGGUAAUAAUAAUAAUGGAAAUGCUCAAAAGGACAACAAGCUUGUUAAUAGCUUUGACUUUGUCAUAAAUUUCGAGAAUAGGGUGCUGGAAAUCUCACCGCUGCAUAUUAAUGAAUUUAAAGAAGUCAUAUGGAGGAACUUGAUUGCUUGGGAGCAGAGCAGAAUUGAGAUUAGAUGCAAAUUAACCUCGUAUGCUUUGUUUUUCCAAGGUUUGAUCUGCUGUGAACAUGACAUUGAACUGCUUGAGCAUGUCGGAGUUAUAGUGAACGACUCCAAGAAGAGCAAGAAGGAUUUGGAGAAGCUAUUUCGCACAAUCGCUGAGGGAGUUAUGUACAUGGACUCAUGUUAUAGCAAGACUUGUGACAGAUUGAACAAUCAUAAGGGAACCAAACCGUACAAAAAAUGGACUAUAAUGGCUUGGCAUCAGUGCAUGGAUAUAUUUGCCAUUGUUGUUCAUUAUUUGAUAACCUGGUUCAGUCUUUUGAAACUGAUUCAUGAAGUUUUCCCUACUGGCUGGAAACUCCUGGGAGUGUUGUCUGGUGCGGCGCUGCUAGGUCUCACUGCUACGCAGACAUAUUAUAUAGUCCCCGGCCACCAUUAGUGAAAUCACACUAUGCAUGCAUACUUCAAAUAUGCAUAAUAUCUGAAUAAUUACUUAAAACAUAUGAUUAUGAUUUCAAAUAAAUAGAACUUAUGUAUCAUAUAUAUGUCCCACAGACAUAUAUGAUAUUAAGAAAGCAGUUUGAUUAAAGUUCUCAGGAUGUAAAGAACAACUAAACCUGUUGGAUACAAUAAUCCCAUACUAAAUAUU